CCAGGAAGUUUAAACACACACACACACACACACACACACACAGACAGACACACACACACACACGCACACACGCGUUCAUUAAGGAAGUGACAGCAGCACAGACACUGAACAGAUCAGGAUGCCGGGAAAGAAAGUGUGUAUUAUUGGAUCUGGAAACUGGGGUUCGGCCAUCUCCCGCAUCAUUGGACAGAAUGUAAAGGCCUCCAAUCGGUUUGCUCCACUCGUUAACAUGUGGGUCUUUGAGGAGCUCAUUAAUGGGAGGAAACUGACUGACAUCAUCAACAAGGAACAUGAGAAUGUCAAGUACCUCCCAGGACACAAACUGCCCAAGAACGUGAUUGCUGUUCCUGACAUUACAGAGGCCGUAGAUGGAGCAGAUAUCCUUGUGUUCGUCGUCCCUCAUCAGUUUAUUGGAAAACUCUGUGACCAGAUGAAGCCUCACGUUAAGCCAGGAGCCAUCGGAAUUUCACUCAUUAAGGGAAUAGAUGAAGGUCCAUCAGGUUUGACGUUGAUCUCUGACAUUAUCAGAGGGAAGCUGGGGCUCGAUAUGAGUGUGUUAAUGGGAGCAAACAUCGCAAAUGAAGUUGCAGAGGAGAAAUUCUGCGAAACCACCAUCGGGGCCAUCAAUGACCACAAUGGCAAGGUGUUUAAGGAACUGAUGCAGACGCCAAACUUCCGCAUCACCGUGGUAUCAGACAGCAACACCGUGGAGCUUUGUGGAGCGCUGAAGAAUAUUGUGGCCGUGGGAGCAGGGUUCUGUGAUGGUCUGGGUUUUGGUGAUAACACUAAAGCAGCAGUGAUUCGUCUGGGUCUCAUGGAGAUGGUGUCCUUCGCUAAGAUCUUCUGCAGCAGCUCUGUCAGUUCUGCUACGUUCCUGGAGAGCUGCGGCGUCGCUGACCUCAUCACCACCUGCUAUGGAGGACGCAACCGACGUGUUGCUGAAGCUUUUGUCACCUCGGGCAAGGCUAUAGCUGUGCUGGAAGCCGAGAUGCUGAAUGGUCAGAAGCUUCAGGGGCCUCAAACAUCAGCUGAAGUGUAUAAGAUCCUUCAGAAGAAGAACAUGGUGGACAAGUUCCCCUUGUUUGUCUCCGUGUAUCAGAUUUGUUUUGAGGGCAAAGAUGUGAAAGAAUUCACCAUCUGUCUCCAGAACCAUCCAGAGCACAUGUGAUCUUCUAGAAACAUCAAGAACACAUGAUCCGUAACGAAAUCAUGAACAGGAACCAUACACAACCAUAGAAACAUGUGACCAUCCAAAAUCCACAAAUUAUCUAGUACACCUGAUACUCUAGAACCAUGAAGAGCACAGAAUCAUCCAGUAGUGUCAUAGCCCCCAGGGCCAAUUCCACCUUGGACCAUUAGAGGGCACCCCAGUUCCCCGUGUGGAACUACUUUAUUGGGUUAACACAGGGAACAGGCACAUUACGGACAAACACGGGCAGAAGACACAUUAGGAACCACAAAUAUCAGAACUUAAUAAACUAGAAAAUAAACACUAAGAAAAAUGCUAAACAAUCAAAAACAUAGUGCCAAUAACACAAACAUAACAAACACAAGAAAACCAGAACCUCAAACAUAACCUGACAUGAGUUACUGCUCCAGGAACUAAGGAAGAACCACAUGGAACCUAAAUAGAGCACUAACCAAUCAGGGAAAUAAGUAACACAUGAGUAAGGUUACACAGAAAAUGGAGGGAGACAACAGAGGAAAAAGUACUACAUGGGGAACAGAGGUGCCAUCUAAUGGUCCAAGGUGGAAUAGCCCCUGGGGGCCAUGACCAAGUACCUCUUCCAGAACCUUCCAGAUAAUGUGCCCUUUCUAGAACCUUCCCAAUAAUGUGUCCUUUCUAGAACCAUCCAGAUAAUGAGCCCUUUCUAGAACAUCCAGAUCAUGUGCCUUUUCUAGAACCAUACAGAUAAUGUGCCCUUUCUAGAACCAUACAGAUAAUGUGCCCUUUCUAGAACAUCCAGAUCAUGUGCCUUUUCUAGAACCAUACAGAUAAUGUGCCCUUUCUAGAACAUCCAGAUAAUGUGCCCUUUCUAGAACCAUCCAGAUCAUCUGCCCUUUCUAGAGCCAUCCAGAUCAUUUAUCAUUUCUAGAACCAUCCAGAUCAUGUGCGCUUUCUAGAACCAUCCAGAUGUAACUCUUUCCAGACAUUUUCAGAACACAGGAGCUGAACUGUGUUCAGAAACCUUACUGUAGCGCUGCCAAACGCACAACAUUAUAGUUCCACUACAGACUAAAGUCCACUGAGCACACACACAGAAACUCACACAGAUUCCACCCAAUAAAAGCAUUACAAACGCACAUGAGUAGCAAUCUUAGCUUGUGCUGCUGCUUCAUAUGCAUAAAAUUCAACAUUAUUGCACUUUUCAAACACUGGACCAGUGGAUUCUGACUCAAGCCCUGAAGAUGUGUAGAGCUUGUUGUUCAGAGUUUUGCUCAGAUUAGACAGUGUUCUUUCCACUACUUUAUUUACACUGCUGUUUUAGUUUGUGUUUUAUUAGAUAAUGAUUUUGCUUUUGUUGUUUUUACUGAAUUGAUCAAGAUAUAAUCAGAAAUCUUGCACUAAACUAAACUAAACACUGUCACAUAUAUCACCUUAGUCCAUGUUUGUGCAUCAUUAAGUAAUACAAUGUAUAACACAUUUAUAAUAAUGAUUUAUUUUAAUGCUUGUAUAAGGUACAUCUUUAAAGCUGAUUGAUUUAGCUGAAAUACUCACAAUCAUUUCCAAAUCAGAGAAUGAUAAAUGUUUUAGCAAAGUCUGAGUUUUAAUACUGAUAAUAAAAGUACACUAUACAAGUGUAAAUACAAA